CAAAAAGGGAAAAAAGGGGUUACCCUAAAGUCACAAUUCAUUGCCGGAUUGACAGUCACAGUUCAUUCACUCGCCGGAGAGCAGUAGAAAAUGGUGGUGAGAUUAAGGUUAUCGAGGUUUGGAUGCAAAAACAAACCUUUUUACAGAGUAAUGGCGGCCGAUAGCAGAUCUCCAAGAGACGGCAAACACUUGGAAGUACUUGGUUACUACAAUCCUUUACCAGGGCAAGAUGGUGGUAAACGGAUGGGUCUUAAUUUUGAUAGGUUGAAGUAUUGGUUAUCCGUUGGUGCACAGCCUUCAGAACCAGUCCAACGCCUUCUUUUCCGAGCAGGCGUAUUACCUCCUCCACCUAUGCUGGCUAUGGGACAAAAAGGUGGUCCACGGGACACUCGAUUAGUUGAUCCUAUGACUGGACGCAUCACGACACCUGAAAGUGCUAAAAGUGCCAAUCCAACAGUUGGUUCUGAAGUUGAAGAAGACAAAGAUUAGAAUCUGACUAGUUGAUUUUGUACAACUUCAAUUCAAAGAUCUGUUUUUUAGUAUGUGACAAUUGCAGCGCUGAUGUUUG